CCGAAGCGGCGGACGAGACGACUCGCAGUCGCAGCCUCUUUCCUCCUCCGUCUCUCUCUCCCCUCUUCCUCUCCUCCGCGCGGCGAACGAAGCGAGCGAGCGGCGGCCAUGGAGCGGCUGCAGCGGAUCUUCGGGGCGUCGGGGAUGGGGCAGCCGCCGACGGACUCGCCGCUGCUCGACUCCUCCGAGCAGGUCUACAUCUCCUCCCUCGCCCUCCUCAAGAUGCUCAAGCACGGGCGGGCCGGCGUGCCGAUGGAGGUGAUGGGGCUGAUGCUCGGGGAGUUCGUCGACGACUACACCGUCAGGGUGGUCGACGUCUUCGCCAUGCCGCAGAGCGGGACGGGCGUCAGCGUCGAGGCCGUCGACCACGUCUUCCAGACCAACAUGCUCGACAUGCUCAAGCAGACCGGGAGACCAGAAAUGGUGGUGGGCUGGUAUCACUCCCAUCCUGGAUUUGGAUGUUGGCUUUCAGGUGUUGAUAUCAACACUCAGCAGAGUUUUGAAGCUUUAAAUCCCAGGGCUGUUGCAGUUGUGAUAGACCCAAUCCAGAGUGUCAAGGGGAAGGUGGUCAUUGAUGCAUUUCGUCUCAUUAAUCCUCAGACCAUGAUGCUUGGCCAGGAACCGCGACAGACAACAUCAAAUGUUGGGCAUCUAAACAAACCAUCUAUCCAGGCUCUUAUUCACGGGCUGAACAGACACUACUACUCCAUUGCAAUCAAUUACCGCAAAAAUGAACUGGAGGAGAAAAUGUUGCUUAACUUACACAAAAAGAAAUGGACCGAUGGAUUGAUUUUGAAGAGUUUUGACACUCAUUCGAAAACCAAUGAGCAGACUGUUCAGGAAAUGCUGAACCUAGCCAUCAAAUAUAACAAGGCAGUGCAGGAGGAGGAUGAGCUGCCACCUGAGAAACUAGCGAUUGCCAAUGUGGGACGGCAGGAUGCCAAGAAGCACUUGGAAGAGCAUGUCUCAAAUUUGAUGUCGUCAAACAUAGUUCAGACCCUAGGAACCAUGCUCGACACGGUUGUGUUCUAGUCUCCUUCUACUGUUGUGUCAACCCUAUACAGACCCCCACCCAAAUUAUUAUUUAUGUUUAUCGAAGCCUCUGCCGUAAUUCUGUAACUUUUGGUGCCAGCUACAUUUGGGUUCUAACAGUUCGACUUGAAGAAUUUGUUUUCUUUUAGCACGGUGUACUGUUAAUCUUCUGUUGAUUUCGCUGCAUUUUCAAGGUUCCA